UCUCAGCCCUAUCGCGGUCUUCACUUAACGGACAAAACCAACACAACACGAGACCAAUCAUCGCCGCAUUCCUCAUCAGUUUCGCCGACCAAUACGUGUCACUCGACGAGAGCUCAGUCACCGUCGACGGGCGUCGAGUCGGACGAGUCGUCGGAGUCGACGCCGUGGUUCCAGAGCCGGCAGCCGCCGGGCCUCCAGAGCUCUGUCUGCGCUAAACUCGUUGAGAACCGACACACAGGCGGCGGCGCAGCGACCGCUCCGGCCGUUAAUUGCAAUAACAGUAGUGUCGGCGCCAAACGGCCGGAGAAUAGGCUGGACUUUUCGGCCGCUGUGGAGCCCGCGGACCAAUUGGUGACCAACACCGCGACCAGUAAUGGCGGCGCCCUAUCGACGAUACCGAUAGCGCCGGCGCUGCCGCAGUGCAACUCACUAUCGCUGGAUAUCAACGUCCGUACGAUCGCCGCCUACCAGAAGAAGCCCAAAAUGAUGUACACAUUCCGGUGCGCCCAAGAGUUCCGACGCGAUGAGUACGAGUGGCACUACCGUAACGUUCACAACGACAUUCACGGCGGUAUUGAUGGGUGGAUUGAGCACCGGUGCCCACUCUGGCAGUACGGCUGCAACUUUGUCCACAGACGCUGGACCCCCGAACCCGACGGCUCGGCCAUUGUGUUCAGCGAAUUGGUGGAGAACUUUGGCGUCAAAAUGGCCGAAACACCCGCACAGGUCUACAGUGACGGCCAACCCGUCAGUAUGUCUUUAUUGCCGUUUGAGAUUCUGCAGAAUAUAUGCCAACAUUUGGACAGCUUUUCGCUCAACAAUCUGUCGCUGACGUCGACCCGUCUUCGGGACGUUUGCCGCACUUUUUUGGACACCAGAGGACUGGUGUCUCUCCAAUGGCAACGCAGUGUCAAUGAGAACGGGAAGUACUCCUGGGAUGUCGGAUAUAAGGUACCAGUGCUCUCACCUCAU